GUUGUCCAAUCCACAAAGUCACAAACCCAGACCGGACCCAACACGACGGUUUUCUCGAAUUGCCAGCUCGAGUAGCAGUUCGAUCCUCCAUCAUCAUCAAAACUCUGAUACUUCAGGAGAGAGAAAGUUAGACAGAAAAAUGUGGAGGGUUCAACGAUUUACGAACCAAGCAUCCACUGCAAGACGAGCAUUUCUAAGCUCUCGGAAACAAUCCUCGAAUCAUGAUUCUUCCACAUUUUCCCCAUUUCCCAAUCCUUCAAACUCUACCUCCAUCCGCUUUCUCGACAUUUACCAGAUGGGAAACAAAGAUGCAAUUGAUAAAGAGCGUGCUCGACUUAAAGAUGAGAUGAGUAGGGGAUAUUUUGCAGAUAUGGCUGAUCUCAAAAAAAAUGGAGGCAAGAUUGCUAUGGCAAAUAAGAUUCUAAUCCCUGCGGCUGUUGCGGCAAAGUUUCCUACUUUGGAAGUUAGUUAUUCAGAUGGUAAAACAUUUAAGCUGCCAAUUGGGUCAGAUGGUGAUGUGAUUAAUCCCAACAAGACGGAUGUUCCUAAGGCGACUUUACUUUGUCUAUCGUUCCGUGCGAGUUCUCAGGCUAUGAAUGAUUCUUGGAGCAAACCGUUUCUUAGUGCUUUCAGUGAUUCCAAGGAUGUCCACCUUUAUGAGGUAUCUUUUGUGGACUCAUGGUUGCUGUCACGAAAUCCUGUGAAAUGGCUCUUGCUUCGAAUGAUGAAGAAAUCAAAACCAACUGAGAAUACAGGUGCACUGCAAAGACAGUUUGUCUAUUCAUUUGGCGAUCACUAUUACUUCAGAAAAGAAGUCAAGAUAUUGAACCUUUUGACUGGGUACACGCUAUUGCUUGACAAAUUUGGUAGAAUAAGAUGGCAAGGUUUCGGAGCAGCAACAGAAGAAGAGUUGUCAACACUUCUGUCAUCCACGUCUCAUCUACUAGAGGAGUAAGCUCUCAAAAUCACGUUUUAUGCCGAAUUUCAGGCGAAGUUGUGUAACAUGAACAAUAGCACAUCCGGGGGCCGGAACUCUAGAUUGUGUUGAUUUUGAGUAAAUUCCAAGUGGUGUUUGACAGCACAAGCUGAAUUUUGUAUCCUCCAUCACCUGGGUUUAUGUUUGCUUGCUUGGUACACCCGACAAGCUCUCAUUUCUGGUUUCACAGGCAUCUUUCUUUUCCUUGACAGUCAUGUACUCUGAAAAUGAAACAAAUGUCAAUAGGUUUUACGCGUACCUGGUAUACAAUAAAUUUACAGAUUUUCAUAGUAGUACCCUUUACCAA